AUGGCGCCGCCGCACGUCGCCGUGGUGGCCUUCCCCUUCAGCUCCCACGCAGCCGUCAUGCUCUCCUUCGCGCGCGCCCUCGCCGCCGCCGCGCCGGACGGGACGGCCCUCUCCUUCCUCACCACCGCCGACUCCGCCGCGCAGCUCCGGAAAGCCGGCGCGCUCCCGGGCAACCUGCGCUUCGUGAAGGUCGCGGACGGGCUACCGUCCUCUUCAGGGGAGGCGCCAAUGCUGCCCCCGCCGCGCCGGAUGGAGCUCUUCAUGGCGGCGGCCGAGGCCGGCGGGAUCAGGGACGGGCUCGAGGCGGCGCAAGCCUCCGCGGGCGGCGCCAGGGUGACCUGCGUCGUCGGGGACGCGUUCGUGUGGAUGGCGGCCGAGGCCGCCGCCGCCGCCGGCGCGCCGUGGGUGCCCGUCUGGACCGCCGCGUCCUGCGCCCUCCUCGCGCACCUCCGCACCGACGCGCUCCGCCAGGACCUCGGCGAUCAGGCCGCGAGCAGAGCCGACGAGCCGCUCACCGCGCACGCCGGCCUGGGCGGCUACCGCGUCCGGGACCUCCCCGACGGCGUCGUCACCGGCGACUUCAACUACGUCAUCAGCCUCCUCCUGCACCACAUGGCGCAGCGCGUCCCCAAGCACGCCACCGCCGUCGCGCUCAACACCUUCCCGGGCCUCGACCCGCCGGACCUCGCCGCGGCCCUCGCGGCCGAGCUCCCAAACUGCCUCCCACUCGGCCCCUACCACCUCCUCCCCGCCGCCGAGUCAGCCGCCAACGACGAAACACCGUCCGACCCGCACGGCUGCCUCGCCUGGCUCGACGCCCACCCGGCGCGGUCCGUCGCGUACGUCAGCUUCGGCACGGUCGCCUCGCCGCGGCCGGACGAGCUGCGGGAGCUCGCCGCCGGGCUGGAGGCGAGCGGCGCGCCGUUCCUGUGGUCGCUGCGCGAGGAGUCGUGGCCGCUGCUCCCGGCGGGGUUCCUGGACCGCGCGGCGGGGCUGGUGGUGCCGUGGGCGCCGCAGGUCGGGGUCCUGCGGCACGCGUCGGUCGGCGCCUUCGUGACGCACGCCGGCUGGGCGUCCGUGCUGGAGGGCGUGUCCAGCGGCGUGCCCAUGGCGUGCCGGCCCUUCUUCGGCGACCAGACCAUGAACGCGCGGUCCGUGGCCACCGUCUGGGGCUUCGGCACGGCGUUUGACGGCCCGAUGACGCGCGGCGGCGUGGCAAACGCCGUGUCGACGCUGCUCCGUGGGGAGGAAGGCGAGAGGAUGAGGGCCAAGGCGCAACAGCUGCAGGCCAUGGUGGGCGAGGCGUUCCAGCCCGACGGCGGCUGCAGGAAGAACUUCGAUCAGUUUGUCAAGAUAGUCUGUAGCGUGUGAUCUCUUAUACUAGCACAAAAUAGGCUUUUCUAUGGAUCAUAUGAGUUGUGUCGUUUUGAUUUCUUACAAGUUUUAUGAAUGUUCCUGUUGGCUUA